CAUUUUAAACACAACUACAUUACACGGAAAGAACGCAAUUUAGGAUGUUGCCUAAGUACUGACUGAGACAAGGGGCUGCUUGGCACUUCGUAUAAAUAUCCGCGCCGUAUUACUGCGCUCUUUAUGCCCAUCUUUAUUAUUAGAGCAACGCCCCGCCCCUCCUACCUGUUCAUCUCUCUACCGUUCUCUGGAGCGAGCGGAUCUGACAGGCGCAAUCAGCCUGAGCGGGAGCAGAGGAACAGUGGCGGAAGACUACGUUUACCCGAGAGCUUAUCAUUGUUUGCUGAAUUUAGUGGAAACACCGUUAGAUUAUGUAUUUAGUGUUUUCGCAUCGUGGCAACCGUUUGGGGAUUAGAAAUAUAUUCAGCCAUUCGAAAACCAUAUAGGCUAUCGAUUAAAUUGACGUUUAGAAAAGUGAAAUCGAUUGUCCGCGGUUAAUCGACGGAAUCACUGGACGGAAGACGGCUUGAGAGACCGGACAGAAGGUGGUUGAAGAAAACAGCCUUGGUUUAAUGUCGCUGCGCCUAUCAUAAUCUGAAACAUUGGCAGCCUCGAUGCCUGCUAGAUGAGACCAUCUUUGCCAUGGCAUUUGUCCUGAAAGACUUGGAAAACCCCUACAAAUGAAAAACGCUCAAUGUUCAUAAUUACUGCGGAUUUAAAUGCUUCUCGCGAAUGGACACCGACCCGCUAUUUCGCUCCAGUUUGUGCGUGCGGCGUUUUCCACUGUAGCGGAAAUCUGAAAUAGAUUGCAAUAAACAGUUAAGUGCGGGUGACAAUAAUAUAGAACGCGAAGGGGGGUAUUUUUGUUUCAAGCAAUAUGGCUGGUGAGUGGGGCUGGGGACGCUGGCACAGGCUCUCCAAGGCUCCUAGAUGCUAGCUGAGCCGGAUGCCACCGUUCUCCAUGGAAGCGGCAACUCUAUGAUGAGUAGAAAUAUCUAUCAUAAUAAAAAUCAGGACUCCUCGAUCUCUAUAUCCAAGAUGGACGUGAUCAUCCCCUUCUCGCCAGACGUGCCCUGCGACAAUAAUGGCCAACGCAUGUGGUGGGCAUUCCUCGCCUCCUCUAUGGUGACGUUUUUCGGGGGUCUCUUCAUCAUUCUCCUUUGGAGGACCCUUAAAUACCUGUGGACCGUGUGCUGCCACUGCAACACCAAAAAGAAGGAGGCCCAGAAGGUGAAUAACCCUGCUAACAGUCAGGCAGCAGAUGGGACACCUAAGGGUCCUGAUGAGAAGGACGAAGUGGUACCUGCCAGCGAGGUGGGGUGGAUGACCUCUGUGAAGGACUGGGCCGGGGUCAUGAUAUCAGCACAGACACUCACCGGCAGAGUCCUGGUCGUGCUCGUCUUUGCUCUCAGCAUUGGAGCACUUGGAAUAUACUUUAUAGACUCUUCUGAUCCCAUAGAAUCCUGUCAGAAUUUCUACAAAGAUUUCACGUUACAGAUCGACAUGUUCUUCAAUGUCUUCUUCCUCCUCUACUUUGGGCUGCGGUUCAUAGCAGCCAAUGAUAAGCUGUGGUUCUGGCUGGAGGUCAACUCAGUGGUGGACUUCUUCACUGUUCCUCCUGUCUUCGUAUCGGUCUACUUGAAUAGGAGCUGGCUGGGCUUAAGAUUCCUGAGAGCCUUGAGAUUGAUACAGUUCUCAGAAAUUUUACAGUUUUUGAAUAUCUUAAAAACAAGCAAUUCCAUCAAGCUGGUGAACCUGUGUUCCAUCUUCAUAAGCACAUGGCUAACAGCUGCCGGAUUCAUACAUUUGGUGGAAAACUCAGGGGAUCCUUGGGAAAACUUCCAAAAUUCCCAGUCACUUUCCUAUUGGGAAUGUGUCUACUUGCUCAUGGUCACUAUGUCAACAGUGGGCUACGGGGAUGUCUAUGCAAAAACCACCCUGGGACGCCUGUUCAUGGUCUUCUUCAUCCUUGGGGGUUUGGCCAUGUUUGCCAGCUACGUCCCUGAAAUCAUAGAGUUAAUAGGAAACCGCAAGAAAUAUGGUGGUUCCUAUAGUGCGGUUAAUGGGAGAAAGCACAUUGUGGUCUGUGGUCAUAUAACGCUCGAAAGUGUCUCCAACUUCCUCAAAGACUUCCUACACAAGGACAGGGAUGAUGUCAAUGUAGAAAUAGUUUUUCUCCAUAAUAUUUCCCCUAAUCUUGAGCUGGAAGCCUUGUUCAAACGCCACUUUACCCAAGUGGAGUUCUACCAGGGAUCUGUUCUCAACCCUCACGAUCUGGCCCGAGUGAAGAUUGAGUCAGCAGACGCCUGUCUGAUUCUGGCUAAUAAAUACUGUCCUGAUCCCGAUGCUGAAGAUGCCUCCAACAUCAUGAGGGUCAUCUCUAUCAAGAACUAUUCCCCCAAGAUACGAAUUAUCACUCAAAUGUUACAAUACCAUAACAAGGCUCACCUGCUCAACAUUCCUAGCUGGAACUGGAAGGAGGGGGAUGAUGCGAUCUGUCUAGCAGAGCUGAAGGCUGGCUUCAUAGCUCAGAGCUGUCUAGCCCAGGGCCUCUCCACCAUGCUUGCCAAUCUCUUUUCCAUGAGGUCUUUCAUCGAGAUUGAAGAGGAUACGUGGCAGAAGUACUAUUUAGAAGGGGUAGCUAAUGAGAUGUACACAGAGUAUCUGUCCAGUGCCUUUGUGGGGCUCUCCUUCCCAGCAGUCUGUGAGCUGUGCUACGUGAAGCUGAAGCUGUUGCUUAUCGCCAUCGAGAACAAGUCGGAGCUGGGAGAGAGCAGCAUCCUCAUCAACCCGGGGAACCACGUAAAGAUGCAGGAAGGAACUCUGGGGUUCUUCAUCGCCAGCGACGCCAAAGAAGUAAAGAGAGCAUUUUUCUACUGCAAAGCUUGUCACGACGACAUCACAGACCCCAAACGGAUCAAAAAGUGUGGCUGCAAACGACCCAAGAUGUCCGUCUACAAACAAAUGAAACUGGCAUGUUGUUUUGAUUGCGGCCGUUCAGAGCGAGACUGCUCUUGCAUGUCAGGCAGUGUACAUUGUAACAUGGACACCCUACAGAGGGCCUACCCACUCUCCUCUGUCUCUGUUCAUGAUUGCGCAACCACUUUACGUGCCUUUGAAGAUGAGCACCCGUCAACUCUGUCGCCCAAAAAAAAGCAGCGAAACGGAGGUAUGCGAAACUCACCCAACAACUCGCCCAAAAUGAUGAGACAUGACCCUCUACUAAUCCCUGGGAAUGAGCAGAUGGAGAACAUGGACAUGAAUGUGAAGCAGUACGACUCCACGGGAAUGUUCCACUGGUGCCCAUCUAAAGAGAUUGAGAAGGUCAUCCUGACCCGGAGUGAGGCAUCCAUGACGGUGUUGAGCGGCCAUGUAGUGGUCUGUAUAUUUGGAGAUGUCACGUCCGCUCUAGUGGGGCUGCGAAACUUGGUGAUGCCUUUGAGAGCCAGCAACUUCCAUUAUCACGAGCUGAAGCCCAUAGUGUUUGUGGGCUCGCUGGAGUACCUGAGGAGAGAGUGGGAAACUCUACACAACUUCCCCAAGGUCUCCAUACUACCUGGUACGCCAUUAAGUCGUGCAGAUUUAAGGGCUGUCAACAUCAACCUCUGCGACAUGUGCGUGAUACUGUCGGCCAAUCAGAACAAUAUCGACGACGCCUCGCUGCAGGAUAAGGAAUGCAUUCUGGCGUCGCUCAACAUCAAGUCUAUGCAGUUUGACGACAGCAUCGGGCUCUUGCAGGCUAACUCCCAAGGUUUCACGCCUCCUGGAAUGGACCGGUCCUCUCCAGACAGCAGUCCAGUACAUGGUUUAGUACGCCAGGCCUCCGUCACCACCGGCGCCAACAUCCCCAUCAUCACUGAACUAGUGAACGACUCCAACGUUCAGUUCCUGGACCAAGAUGAUGAUGAUGACCCGGACACAGAGCUGUACCUGACACAGCCCUUCGCCUGCGGAACCGCCUUCGCUGUCAGCGUGCUGGACUCUCUCAUGAGUGCAACAUACUUCAACGAUAAUAUCCUCACCCUGAUCCGGACGCUGGUGACUGGGGGAGCCACCCCGGAGCUAGAGGCUCUAUUGGCCGAAGAGAACGCCCUGCGAGGGGGCUACAGCACGCCACAGACACUGGCCAACCGAGACAGGUGUCGUGUAGCCCAGCUAGCCCUCUAUGACGGGCCCUUUGCCGACUUGGGGGAUGGCGGUUGCUAUGGAGAUUUGUUUUGUAAAGCGUUGAAGACGUACAACAUGUUGUGCUUCGGAAUAUACAGAUUGAGAGACGCUCACCUCGCCACGCCUAGCCAGUGUACCAAACGGUAUGUGAUCACCAACCCUCCGUAUGAGUUUGAGCUGGUCCCCACAGACCUGAUCUUCUGCCUGAUGCAGUUUGACCACAACGCUGGCCAGUCCCGGGCCAGCCUCUCCCACAGCUCCCACUCCUCCCAUUCCUCCAGCAAAAAGAGCUCGUCCGUCCACUCCAUCCCCACCACCAACCGGCAGAACCGCAGCAGCAAGGCCCGGGAGGCCGGCCACAAACAGAAAAAGGAAAUGGUUUACAGAUGAACCAGAAAAUGCCUACCCACGGAACAUUCAGAUCAAGCCCAUGAGCACUCACAUGGCCAACCAAAUCAACCAAUACAAAUCCACUAGCAGUCUGAUUCCACCAAUCAGAGAAGUUGAAGAUGAAUGCUGAAAACCAGGCCCACUUGAUGACUCGUGAGAAGUCUGGAUGCUCUUUCGAAAGGAGAGAAAGGGAGAUGACAAACGGGGAUGAUGAUGUUGAUUCAUUGGUCCUCACUCAUUCUACAGAUCAAGGGUUUGACAUAAACACCACAACUUGAAGGGACCUCCUAUGUGUAUACCUUUAAUGUUACUUCCAUGCUCUACAAUGGACAAUGUUAUAUUUACCAAUCUUCCAUAGAGAUGUACAUAAUGACAAUCAAAUAAGGAUUGUUCAUCCCCCUAGCACUUUUUAAAAUUAUUUUAAGAGUUGAAAAAGAGAAGAAAAAGUACUUCCUGUCAUUAUUUGCAAUAGUUCACAUCUUUGUGUGACCACACUCCAUGGCUACUGUAGCUGAGGCUACUACUGGUUGAUGGAGGAUGAGGGCCGCGGCAGUUUUCUCAUCACAAUAUCAUAACAUCUCCAAAAGAUCCAGAAAACCGGCUGGGGUUCACCGCUCACCACUCAUACUCCCUAUCUGCUUCUGUUCUAUUUGCACAAAAACUGACCACCUUCUUUUGCAACAUGACGACUUGAAACAUUGGUAUCGUCCCAAAACAACUACCAUCACAGAAAGUGUCAGCUUAGGGUAUGCUACUGUAUGUCAUCACACUGUUGAGUAAUCAAUUAAUGCAUUCCAGUCCUGUAGAAUGGGAUCAUAUUGAAAAUCAGGUGUCUUGAGACUCAGAGUACAGUAAGAGACAGUUCUUGGAUAAGCUGGCUGACAGAGUAUAUAGCUACGCUGUACUUACAUCUGUUCUGGUGAUAUCACAAUGAAUAUGGAUGAUAGUGAUGUCUAUGACAGCGUUUCAAGCUCCUAUCAUCGCAUGGUAUGUCCCUGAUCCCUUCUAUAACAAUAGAGCGCAGAUGAGCACCUUAAACUGAAAACAUAAAAGGGAUGAAAGAACAAUCUUGUCCUAUCCCUUAUGUGCAAACAUGAAAUGGGUGAAUGGACAACCUUGUCUCGUCCCUGGCGAAAACAUGAAUGGGGUGAAAAGACAGCCUUCUCUUGUUCCUUGUGUGGACAGACGAUGCAUAUGGUAUGUACAUGCAAUGUGUGUACUGUACAUGGCAGCGACGUGUCCCCUCAGUAAGAACAUUGGUGGUACAUCUGAGUUAAAUGCACAAAUUGGUAUCAUCAUCAUCUCUCCAUCAGUGUGUCUGUGAUGGUGGUUCAGCCUCUGGGGGAGCAUCAUGUGGGAUCAAGGCUACAAUCAUCCAAGACAAAUAGGAACUAGAUCUGUCUGGGGGUUGCGGAUCAACUAAUGAACUAAAUAAACACGUUUCUAUACUUCGUCACAUCACCGGUAAUACACCAACUAUGAUUGAGCUGAAGUUUUUUGUUAUAAACAUUAGCUGUGUGCCCUAAAACUUUAGGGAAAGCUUUUAAGUCCAAACCUUUGCCAUGAUAUCUUUGGUGAAAAUUGGGAUUUAAGAAUGAAAGAAUAAGCAUCUAAUUUGAAUGUUUUUUAUUUGUUGAGACAUUUGGAGAAGCAAUGCCACAUAUUGCGUAAAAUGGGCAUCAAUGGGUCCUCCUUUGACCAGAACCACUGCCUGGAACAGGGUUGGUAACAGAGGCAGUAAAGAGCUUGGAUGUUCUCCGCUCCCAAUCCUGAUGCCAUCAUAUCACCUCUAAACUCUAUGUAGGUAAACGUUAGGGAAAAGCUCAAUCAUAGUUUGGUUUAAAACGAUGUCGCUGAUGACUAUGAAGAAAGCUGGAGAAUGCUGCCUGUGUUCUUCAUGUUAUCCUGGUCAUGGCUCAAGUGUGUGUUCAAAAUGGACAGAUUUAGUUUUGAUCCAAAAACAACCCAGACAGAGCUGCAGCCUUGGAAAUGAGAGGGAUUGGAGUCACAGAUGAUCCAACUAAAAACUAAACCUGGCUACUUUAUAUAAACAAACAUGAUUAUGUUAUAUCCAUAUGAGCAUACUCAUUUUCUACUUAUUAUUACACAUGACCUAGUGAAUAAUGCUUUAUGAAAGUAAUCCAUUAUUAAUAGUACCAGGCCUUUAAUUGCAUAUAAGAUUUUUAUUCCCAAAUGAAUUGCUUUAUUUAACAUAAUCCAACCAAAAUGAUGAAUAUAAAUUCUGAAAUACUUAUAAUUAGACAUGCAUCAUUGAAGAACAGUAUAAAUCCUCUCUCCUCUUUGCAACAAAGACCAUCCCUGAAAGUAUAGUCAUUAUUAAAAGUCAAUAUUGUAUAGGAGAUUACCUAAAUUUAAGCUUUUGUCUUUAACUGUUGAGUGCUCCUUAAAACAUAGAUGGGCUUAGUUGAAGGAUCUCUGUAGCUGUAUUGAUAAACCUUAUCGCUGUGUAUAAGACUGCUCAUUUUCAUCGACAAGUGAAUACGAAUACAGAUGUGUGAGUCAAAUGGAAAUGGGGUAAAACAACUUGAGUUUCAAUGGGUGUAAGUAAUACCCAGACAGAGCCAAUCGGAAAGGUGCAUGAAGCUGGAUCUGAGGCGUUCAGCCAUUUGUUCUCUUCUGAGGGGGAAACUGUGUGACCUUCACUAUCAAUGAUUGACCUAAAUUAGGUCUCUUUCUAAGGAGGGAUACACUGAAGUAUUUAUGUGCGUGUAUACUGUAUACUGUCAUUCUCCAUGGACAUGUUUCAAACUAUGUGACAGAGAGAGAUUGUUAGACCAUCACCAGGUUGUUUGCAGUGAACAGAUAGCCAUGAUAAUAUAGACAAAAUAUCAUGUAUUUCUAAAGACCUGUCAUUCGCGAGACCCCCCCCCCCCAAAAAAAAAAUAUGUAUGUCUAUCUAAAUAUGUUGUGUAAAUUCCUCCCAUUAUAUAGAUCACAUGACUUUCUGAAGCAAAAUGACCUGAGCUUUCUGUCUGUCUAUUGGGUGUGUUGCAACUCUACUGUGGGCUCAUUGACAUUGUCCUGAGGUGAACUUUUGAAUUGUGAUUACAUUGUCGUCACACUUUGUAGCAAGUAGAAUUAUUUUCAGAAAAUAUGUGAGUAAAAAUCUGUAUAAUUGGGUUGUUAAUAAUAUACUUGCUAGCGUGAAAAAUAAGAAAUUGAUAUUUGAUACUGACAAUUACUUAAUUCAUUAUACAUAGUAUUGACAAAGGACAAAAUUAUUAUUUUGCCAUAUAUGAAAAAAAGAAGAAAAACUAGACUUUUGAAAUGAAAGAUCCUUUUCCACAUUGCAACAACACAUUUGGAAAGAGCCGGUUUAAUUUGACCUGGUAAUAUCAACCAUCACAGAGAUGCAGACAUAGGGUAGCACCAAUUCAGCAAGGCAUAUCACAAUAAAGAGAGGACAUACUUAAUUUUACUGUUCUUGUUAAAAUAGUUUUUUCUUAUCAGGUUUACAUUCCAUUUUGUCAGCUCUAGUCAAUGAUGUUACCAUAGUAAUAUCCAUGGAUUGUUUGAAACUGUCACUACUGCUUAUUGAUUGUUUACAGAGUUUUCUUUUUUGUAUUCAGAAGUACUUAAAUACCACUUUACUCAGAAAUCAAAUGGUACAAAUCACAACCCAAAGCAGACACAUACUUACAGAAUAGUCCAUUUCAUUGUAUCUAAAUGUUUGUUUGUUUUUUCAAUACGUGUACCCACAAUUUGUGUGACUGGUUUGACUCAAACUGGAAAAAAUAUCAUAACACUGGACUGAAACCUGUUCUUACAUUCUAAGGUUUUUAAGCUUUAUCUCUUUCCAGCGCAAAUACUCCACAAAUCUAAGGUACUGCUCUAUACCAUAUCAUACGUUUGUAUUAGAUGUUGAAGUCUUUGCAAUGUACGCCUCUAAAGUUUUAGAGUGUUUUGAAGUGCCAUGAAAAGUGUUGUUGAACAAGCAUCGUCCAGUCAUUCACAGACUCACUCACUUAUUCAGAAUGAGUAAGGGUUGAAUUAGUUCCUCUCAGAAAGGGAAGUAAAUGUAUUCGAGUAUGGCAUCUUAUACUGGCAUGGGGAACAUCCAAGCCAUCAAUGCCUCCAUGCCAGUAGAGUGCCAGGCAGUGCUGUAGGUCUAAAGGAGGGCCUGUUUGAAGACCCACUAUAGCAAAAAGUGGCAUUGAAAAGGAGGGAAGGGUACAUGGGGCAGGGACACUGCUCAUCAACCUUCAACAUAUCAUACAUCUGUGUUGGUCGUACUGUCUGUAGCCUAAGGUACCUAACUUGUUGUUAGGAGACUGCAGAGAGAUAUGUUAAAACAUGUUUGUUGUGUGGUAGAAGGUAUGAAUGACUGAAGGAUGCACAGAGAGCACAGGCCAGGCUGUUUCAUGUGCUUGAGAACACCUGUCUGUGUUUUAGUCAACUUAAGAGGUAGGACUAUGAAACUUCACACAUUGUUUCAUAUUUUUGUUAAUCUAUUUUCUUGCUGUAAAGGAUGGAUAUAACUUAUUUGCUGGAAAAUGUACUAGAUGUAAUAAAAUAUAUAAUACUAUGGGGGAUUUAAGUCUUAACAACACAUUGAAAUUGCAGUUGGCAAUUUUGAAGUUGAUUUUGAUGGAGGAAAAAGAAAUGCAGUUUUUUGUGGGGGGAGGGGGGGGGCUGCCUAUCAGUUCAGAUGGAAUUCAGGACAUUGCUCUCACAUGUCACAUAUCUGAUUCUUUGGCACAUGGUUAUUGCAGGAAUCGGGAGUUUGAAAUAGCCUACUUAGUUUUGUCGAAGCGAAAAUAGAUAUAUGAAGAAUUUGAUGGUGCUGAGUUGAUCUACCUGACUCUGUCAAAUAUAAUCUGCUGAUAAAUAUACUGUCUUGUACAAAAAGUUUGUACAUAAAUUGUACAUGAUUUCUUUUUGUAUUUUCUCAAAUUAAAAUGGAUGUAUUUGUGUUCUAAAACUG